AUGUGGGGUGACUAUAGAGGAGUUCCACAACAAGGUCGUCUAGAUAUUACAACGGAAUUUGGAAGAAUGAUGGUUUCUCCCGGUGAGAUUACUGUUAUUCCACGUGUUUUUGAUAAUCACUUUGAAUUACCUGAUUUAGGUCCAAUAGGUGCAAAUGGUCUAGCAAAUCCACGUGAUUUUCAAACACCAAUUGCAUAUUAUGAAAAGGAUAACUUGAAUAAUGAUUAUAACGUUGAUCAUUCUCCAUUUGAUGUGAUAGCUUGGCAUGGAAAUUAUGUUCCAUAUAAAUAUGAUUUAGCAAAAUUCUGUCCUUUAAAUUCUGUUUCUUUUGACCAUAUGGAUCCUUCCAUAUUUACAGUGCUCACUUGUAAAUCUGCAUUUCCUGGUACAGCUAUAGCAGAUUUUGUAGCAUUUCCUCCUAGAUGGGUUGUUCAAGAUAAUACUUUUAGACCACCAUAUUAUCAUCGAAAUUGUAUGUCUGAAUUUUUGGGACUUAUUAAAGGAACUUAUGAUGCUAAAGUAGAAGGAUUUCUUCCUGGUGGUGCAAGUUUUAUGACACCACAUGGUCCUGAUGCUAUAACUUUUGAGAGAGCAAGUAAUGAAGAAUUAAAACCAGUUAGAAUUGCUGAAACUGCAUUAGCUUUUAUGUUUGAAUCAAGUUUAAUGUUGGGUAUAACUCCUUGGGGUGAACCUGAAGUUCAAGAUAAUUAUAAUACAUUAUUUUGA